UGGUAACCAAGUAACUGCCCUCAAAGCUUCAAAAUAGAUGGUGUCUAACUUGAUGCCUAGCGUGGAAAUUGUAAGUUUGAGAAAACAAAGUUUGAACUAAAUGGAAAAAGAUACACAACACGAUCGAAACAUGUUAGGGAUUGAAGGAAGUGAAGGCCAUCAUUUGGGAGCCUUAACAGAUGAGCAACAAACAAAUCUCAACAAGUUUAAGAUAAGGACAAGAAUUGAAAAUGAGAAGUAUCUUAGAGAUCAUCCAGAAGUUUCUUGCCUUAUCACUGGCUUUCUAGGAAGUAUUCUUCAGCAAAGACCUGGAAGCGUGAGGGAGUUUGCAGCUAGUUAUUUCUCAAAUCCCGAACUAAAAGAAAAUGUAGCCUUACAAGUACUUGAAGUAAAGAAGAAACUGAUGAGAUUAACUUAAAAACCGACUGAGUGGCUGGCUUUAACCCUAAAGUACAAUAGCAAUACCACUCUUUUCACUGCUAUACGCUGAUCAAGACAACAGUCGCAACAGGGAAAUAGGGUAUUACGCUGCCGCCAAUCAGAGAAUAUAAAGGUACCUACCAAUUUAUAUUGAUUGAUUGAUGGAAGCGUUAUGCUCAUUUCCCAGUCGCGAUUGUCUCGAUCAGCGCGUAGCAAUGAAAAGAGUGGUGAUGCACAUUUAUUUUGUGCUAAAUCUUGUUCUCUUUGAAAUCAAAAAUGAAGGCAGCCUUUCAGUUUCAGAAUUACGUUUUAUGUAACAAAGUUUCUAUGAAAAAAGCUAAAUGCGACUAAAAGUUAAAAAAUAUAAAAUAGUGUUUCCGUUUUU